AUGUCCUGUAUCCACCCGUUAUGUCUCGGGGGCGAGGUGUGCUUCCACAUAAGAAGGAUAGCUCGUCUGGCCAAGAUUGUAGCGAAAGCAACAACCUUACAAUCUCGGGCUGUCAGAUCAGGUCUAAGGGAUACUCCAAAGAGGGCUAAGAAGGGAUCAGGUUACAGACAGAAGAAAAAAACCACAGAGAGCAGUUGGAUCGGGGCUGGCGUGGACCGUCAGGAGCUGGUGGUGAUUUCUAGCGAGCGUGACUCGUGGGCUCAGGAGAGGAAUCGUUUGGAGAAGUCUCUCCGUCAGGCCGAGGCAGAACUGAGCCGUCUGAGAGCAGAGCUUAUUCGCUCCGAAGCGCUGCGGGAUCUGACCGGAGCCGAUCUGGACAACACGGCCCUCAGGAGGAUGUAUGGGAAAUACCUGCGUGCCGAGAGCUUCCGGAAGGCUCUGAUCUAUCAGAAGAAGUAUCUUCUGCUGCUGCUGGGAGGAUUUCAGGAGUGUGAGGAGGCCACGCUGUCUCUGAUCGGCCGGAUGGGUGGCUUCCCUGCACACACCUGUCUGGAGUCUGUGAGCCGUCAGCGCAGGGGCUUCACACGCUUCAGAUCAGCCGCGCGAGUCUUCAUCGCCCUCUCCAGGAUGAGGUUUCUGGUGAAGCGAUGGCAGAGAGCAGCUGGAGGAAGUGACACGUCUCAGAUUGUCAACAGAAACGGCCUCGCUCCAAUCACAGGUGCGGAUGUGAGGAACGAGUCGUCGUAUCUUCACACCGGCGGUGUGGAGGCGUUCAGAGAGAGACGAGCGAGCAGCCGCGGACGCACGGGACGGGACUCUCCUCGCUCCGCCGCAUCGCACCAGCACAGGUUUCACUCGGCGGCCGGUGACGGCGGAGGUUUGCCGUGUUCACACCUGCAGAACUACGACCCCGACCGCGCUCUCACCGACUACAUCUCUCGUCUGGAGGCUCUGCAGAGACGUCUGGGGAGUGUGCAGUCAGGUUCCUCUUCGUACGCUCCGUUGCACUUUGGAGUCAGAAGAUGAAGGUCUUCAUUUACAUUGAACCUGGCUUGAAGAAACGCAGUUGCCUUCUCUUGUGCUGAGCUGCUGUGCUUUUGUGUUCUGAUGAUAAACCUGUACAAUUCUGUGGGACCAAAACCACGUUAGUUUGUUUUGUGUGUGUGUGAAUCAUCUUAUAAUCGAGCUCCCGUUGAAACCGCUUCAACGUCUGUGCAUUACUUCUACCUUAUUUGUUGUUAAAGCAAAGCAAUCAUGUUACUGUAUAUUUGUGGAGUGCUAAUUUAAGUUGAUUAAUUUAAGAGGUGUUGAGAGAGUUUGCUGCUGCGCUGAGCCACGCUGUACUCGUCACAAACACUAAUUAAACGAAGGCCAAACGAGCCUCGUUAAGGCUUUCCGAGCUUAUCAGAUACUCUACACUGUGUUUUAUUCGCUCGCUCCCGUGAAAAGACCGCAGGACAUUUGUAGAAGACAUAUUUUUGUAAAGGUAGGAGCUUCGGAUUUUAUGGGUAUUUUGUCAAAACUGAAAUAAAAAUUAAUAUAAUAUUUGAAAACUG